ACCUCACUUAUGAUAUUAUCACAAAUCCAACACACACACACACAGUAUGGCAGAUUUGAACUCUGGGGAUAAUCCUAUCUACCAGUCAAAACAGUAUUCUGAGGGCAGGCCUAAUUACCCUCAAGAACUCUUCCAUUUCAUCCUUUCCAAUACCCCCUCUCAUGAACUAGCAUGGGAUGCUGGCACCGGCACUGGCCAAGUAGCCAACUCACUGACUAAGCUUUACAAGAGCGUGAUAGCGACAGACAUAAGCCCAAAGCAACUAGAAUUUGCAGAUAAGCUUGCAAACAUAACAUACCAAUGCACUUCCCCCAGCAUGUCCAUGGAAGAACUCCAAAAGAAAGUUGGAUCAGAAUCCACUUUUGAUUUGAUCACCAUAGCUCAAGCCAUGCACUGGUUCCACCUCCCUACGUUCUACCAGCAGGUGAAGUGGCUUCUGAAGAAGCCCAACGGGGUGAUCGCCGCCUGGUGUUACACCACACCAGAAGUCAACCCAACAGUUGACUCACUGUUCCAAAGAUUUUACACCAUUGAUGCUGGUCCUUACUGGAAAUCUGGUCCGUCCCUGGUAUCACCUUGUGAAACAGUGGAACAGGGAUACAAAACCAUUGAUUUCCCGUUUGAACCAGUAGAGGGACAUGAGCACACUGGACCAUUUCGAUUUAACAUAGAGAAAGUGAUGGAUUUGGAGGAUUAUUUCACAUACUUGAGGUCGUGGUCUGCAUAUGAAAUUGCUAAACAAAAGGGUGUGGAGUUGCUCACUGGCAGUGUGGUGGAAGAGUUCACAAGGGCUUGGAGUGAAGAUGGCAAAAUCCAAAAGACAGUCAUUUUCCCUCUUUAUUUGAGGAUGGGGAAAGUUGGUUUACCGAGUUAAAAGACAUAUUUAUGUCAGAUGUACACAUACAUGUUACCUGAAUAAUUUUCGACAUGGACAUGUAGCUAGUUGAUGGUGCCUGGGCAUGAUUGUCCAUUCCUGUAAUAAAGCUGUAAAAUUAUGAUUGCGCAUUUCUGGAAUGAAAAAAGAAACUUGUAGUUCUAAUAACUACAUGAUUCAGCUGUUA